ACUUUUUUAUUAUAAUUUAAAUGAAAUCAUUCACUGCUCUCGCUAUUACAGCCGCUUUAGCUUGUGUUGCUUCUGCAAAGCCUUAUGAAGAAGGACCUGACUAUGGACAUGGUGGUGGUCAACAUGGUGGUUUCCACCCUCCUCCUCCUCCUGGUCCUCCUCGUCCCGUCUUCUCUCUUAGACCUGGUAUGCAGAUCGAAAACAAGCCUCCUGUUGUCGUAGUUACCACCGUUACCCGUACCAAGAGUUGGGGCGGCUUUGAGCCCACCGGUAAGCCUCACUGGAACCAUCAUGAUGAUCAAGAUGACUUUGAUGACUAUCCUCAUAAGAAGUAUGGAAAGUAUAGCCACGAUGAUAAAGACUUUGGAGAUGAUAAAUUUGGCGGUGGACAUGGUGGACAAGGUGGUGGACACGGUGGUGGAUAUGGUGGUGGAAGCCACGGUAAGGAACAUGGUGGAUAUGGUGGUGGUGGAAGCCACGGUGAUAGCCAUGGUAGCGGUAGCCAUGGUGGCAAGUAUGGAAAGGACAUCCAUGCCGAUAGUCUCUCUUCUGAUGCCGAUGCCAGUGUAGAAGCUGAUGUUGCUGGUGCUGAUGUUGACGCUGGUGCUGCUGCUGAUGUUGUCGCUGAUAUCAAUGCUGCCAGUGUUGAUAUUGACUCUGCCUCUAUUGAUGAGAACAUUGCUGCUGCACAAGCUUCUUCUGUUGUUGUCACUUCUAGCACAGUUGUUGCCAGUUCAUCUGCAGCCAAAACAUCUCAACUUGCUUCCAAGGUCAGUAGUGCAGUCCACUCUGCCUCUGCCUCUGCAAAGGCUUCUGCCAGUGCCGGUGAGAACCUUCGUGUUGGUGGCGUCUUUGUUGGUGCUGCUGCUGGUAUUGCUGCUUAUUUACUUCUCUAGAUAUUCCCCCCAAAUUAUCUCUCCUAGCAAACAAAAAAAAAUAGAUGCCUAACCACACACAAAUUAGACUUUCCCCAAAAAACCGUUAAUAUUUGCAUCUAUUUUGUACUAAAUGACUCCCUCCCGCCCUCAAAAAAAAUUUCCCUAUUAUAUUUUCCAUCAAAAUUUCAUUUAUUAAAGCAAAC